AUGCCCGAGCAGGAAUCUCAGAGGACCUCUAUUUUUCAGCGUACGACGGCAGAAAUAAUCCACGAUCUCAACUCUAUCACCAAGUGUCCCGAAGACUUAAAUCGUUGUUUCAUCUGCAAACAUGAUCUCGAGAAGCUAUGGCAGGACAAGGAACGUAUUCGAAGGCUCUUACCGGAUUCGACAAAAGCCGCUGUCAUAGCUCUAGUGCAGAGGGAGAUGUUCGUGAUUCUGUCAGUACUUGUCCUGAUUGGAGCAAUAUGGCAGGAUUCGGAUAUCUUGAAGAAAUUGCUCAAGGACGACGACACACCCCGCUACAAAGAUGAUGACAUCCCCUUAUCGCUAGACCGGAUCGCCGAGUUCCUCGACCCUCCACACGAUGGCCUGUUCCACGAGAAGCAAUUCCGUUUCUGUCCGUUUAUAGUCGAUUGCCACCAGACUCAACAAGUGCACGAUGUGCCCCAAAACUGGCGUCUGCCUUUUGAUAAGGAAGAGGAGCUUGGAUUAGGGUCGUUUGGUCAAGUCGACCUUGUAAAAAUAGCGCCGCGAUGCUUCAAGGAAGUCGGGGGAGCUGAGUAUCCCGAGUACCAUCUUGUAGCUUGCAAGAAGUUUCACGUGCCGCGAAAGUCCCGCUCCGAAUUGAAGAAUCUGCAGAUCCUUAAGGAGAGCUUGACAAGGCAGGACCGUAUUAUGCAACAUCUUGCGACAUUGCGCCACGGCGACGAUUUCUACAUCCUUUUCCCGUACGCGGAGCACCGUGACCUCUCUCUGUUUCUCCAUGCCGGGUUCUCCGCCAACAAGGAGAAGAUAUACGAUUUUGAGGAAGAAUUCCCAGGUCUAGAUCUUGUGAGCGCCGAUCCUGCCGAGGUGUCCAAGCUGCUUCUUCGGCAAUGCUGGGCUCUGUCGAACGCGAUCAAAUGGCUUCACAGUGGCAUUGCCAUCGAAUCCACCGCCAAUGAGGUGUACUGUGCACACAUGGACCUCAAACCCGAGAACAUCUUAAUUAGGCACGAUAGAAACUCCAAAGUCGGCAAAUGGAUGAUCUCUGAUUUCGGGAUCUCGAUGACCCCUGAACAAGAACAAAAAAAUACCAACUUUCUCACGGUCGGAGACUGGUAUGACCAUUUGACAGACCGUUCACGUCUGACAGGUAGUUCCCGCCCCGGGCGGGCGGAAGGGUCAUACCAAGCACCUGAAGCCACAUCCAAAAGAGGAGACGAAGUUGCACGCGAGGGCGACAUCUGGUCUUUCGGCUGCAUCUUCACUGAGGUCCUGGCCUGGGCCAUUGGUAGGGACGCGGCUGUUAAUGACUUGGUCGGUCUUCGCUCUCGGGAGGGAGGCAAUGAUUGUUUCUUUGAUAACGAUCAUAGGGGCUCGGGGCGCAAACCAGCAACCUUUUGCGUGAAAGGUUCAGUGAACCGGUGGCUUGACGACAAAAUUGAGACUGGAGCCCAGCAAAACAUUGUGGUGCCCUGCUGGGCAAGGGCCAUCACACUGAUCAUGAUUGUGGACCCGAAACAAAGACCAGACGCUUCAACACUAGAGUUUCUGAUCAAAAAUGUGAAGGAUCAUAGUGAGAACCCCCAAAAUCAUAGUGACAAUGAUUGCCCCGAACCUCGCAAUCCAAGUUCCCUAAGAUCCUCAUCAUCACCAUCUUUGCAAGCAUCAACUCCUUCAACACCGUCGCUCCAGACCCCUCCGGCAUCCCCACCAUCGCUAUCUCCCACAGAGUCGACCCGAGAUCCUAUCUCAGCUCCAGUGGGACAUUCAGAGCGCCACGAGCUUAUCGGAGGGAAAGGGAUUGCUGUUGCGGUGUCACAAGCUGAGAAGAAUGGUAAAACACUUGCGGCAUACCUGAGUAAGAAGGAUCUGCACAUAUUUGAACUGGAUGUCAGGACUUUUGAGUGCAAACCCAAGCAUGAUUAUCCAAUCUCUCUCAGAUCAAGAGAAUUGAAAUUGGAGAAUACAGGUGUCGCGAUUAAUGGAUCCCACAUUGCUUUCUGGGGAUACUCUGCGCCCCAAGGCAGAAAACUGAUGUUUCUUCGAACGUUGACCGAUGCGCAACUGCAUCUUUCAGACCCUGAGUAUGAUAAUAAUCUCCUCAGCGUUGCAGUAUCAACGGACGGCGUCUUCGCACUUGUUCAUGCACAUGACAUUGUCCUGCGACAGAGAGGUGCAAAUCCCAUCAAACUCACCUUGCCGCAAGGAAUUAUCCAAGCAUUUACACACGCCACCUUCAACGACAACGGCACGCUUUUAUUUGCUUGGGCUUGGGGGAGAACGAGCGAAUCGGUCUACGCAUGGUGGACAAACCCGGAAGAUUCCUCAAGCGAGCCUCAUUUUGCCAAUCAUUACCUGAAGCAGAGGAGCGGAGGUAAACCGCCCCAGAUUAGCAUCAUCCCGUAUAACAGCGAGAAUAAGUGUAUCAUCGCCAACCUUGACGACCGAAAAUGGACUGCAACUGCGGUUUCUGUGAGCGAGAAUCCCUCAGUGGCCCCUGCUCACCUCCUUGGCAGUGAACGACUUAGGAAUCUCGUCAGCGGUUGCGUCUUCCAAGACCGGUAUUUUGUCGGUCUUUGGUCCAACAUGUUGCAACGUGACGAGAUAGUAAGGUUUCAGAUCGUCGAUGAUAGUACAUCCGGUCUUCGGCUAGACAAUCGAGAAUUCCUAUUUGAUGUCAGUACAUCCUGUUCGUCAUCGUCCCGGAUCCGCGUCUUCAGACCUGAUCUUAAUGAUGGCGCCACUGUGAUUAUCUGCCAUGAGAGUGGCAAAAUAGAAUUUGUCAAGGUCUCAGUGCCUGCAUGA